CACACAACUUCUCGUCUUCGUACAGUGAGCACGUUUUUCGAAGAUGCAAUUCACCGAAGUACUGGCCUGCUUACUGAUUCUGUGUUGCACCAUUGUCCCGGAGCCGAUAGAGGGCACCCAGUGCUAUCUUUGCAGUUGGAGUCAGAAAGAAGAAGCCAUAGGUAUCAACCACACCUUGAAGUGUCGGGACGAAUACUUUCAACCGGACAAAGUGUCGGUGACUCAUUGCGAUUACGGCUGUCAACUUCAUAUUUUCAAAGAUCUCAAUGGCAUCAUCGAAUCGGUCCGUCGGACCUGCGGGAAGGAGCCGAAGUCCCGGAUGGACAUCAGCAGUGGUUGCAGCGCAACCCGAAUGAGACAGGGAACGGUGAAGGUGUGCAGAUGUCAGAGCGAUUACUGCAACUCAUCUCGCGGUACUGUCAUCGCAUCUCUAACCUUGACGCUGAUAGGAGUACUGAUCACGAUGAUGUUCUUCCUAUGGCGAUGUUGAAUUGUAAUUCCACAAAACCUCGUCUAGCAAAGAAUUGGAGGCAGACUGUGCGGGAGUCAACGCAUGAAGGCUUCAUGUUUUGAACGAAUUCGCGGCGGGAACCCCGAAUUUCUCUCCAGGAAGUGUGGAGCGAUA